CUGUGGACUUUGUGCAAAAGUUCUGUCCUUUUUUUUCCAAAAUAGUUUCUGUCUCCCCCCACCCCCCUUUAUUUUUUACCCCACUGCCUGCCAAUCUGUGCCAUGGAACUGUUCAGCUCUGCCUCUCUCUGGGCAUAUGGCUCUGUCUGGCUCCUCUUCACUUUUCUUGCGCUCUUCAAACGUUCCAAUUCUGACAUGGUGCUAAGUCCCGCACUGGUGAUCUAUGUAGUUCUGCUUGUCUUGUUUGAGUGGUUCUGUCACAUGUAUCUUCCAGUCUUGGUGGGGAUUUUGCUUCUUAGCUCAGCCUGCUGGUAUAUCCUGGGCAUUGCUUCGCCAAGGAGAAUGCUGCCAAUUGCAGGAAAAACAGUUUUUAUCACAGGCUGUGAUUCUGGAUUUGGGAAGGCCACUGCUGAAACACUACAUUCUAUGGGAUUCAAAGUAAUCGCUAGUGUGUUGAACCUUGAAAGUCCGGGAGCCAAAGAUCUACAGAAGAGCUGCUCCAAAAGGAUGACACUUAUACAAAUGGACCUGACAAAGACAGAAGAUAUCCAGAAAGCUCAGCAAAUAAUAAGAAUGCAGACAGCUGAUACUGGUUUAUGGGCAUUGGUAAAUAACGCUGGAUAUUGUGCUCACUUUGGAGAUGCAGAGUUGACCAUGGAGUCCACUUACAGGGCUUGCAUGGAAGUGAACUUCUUUGGAACAGUGGAAAUUACUAAAGCUCUGCUACCUCUUAUACGCUAUGCCAAAGGAAGGAUUGUAACUGUGAGCAGUCCAGCAGGUGAUAUUUCAUUUCCUUAUCUUGCUGCAUAUGGUGCAUCGAAGGCUGCAUUGACCAGAGUUAUGGACUUAUUUCGUCAUGAGCUCUUCCCUUGGGGAGUCAAAGUCUGCAUCAUUCAGCCAGGCGCCUACAAAACAGGUGCCCAUUAUAACCCAUCCUACUGGGAACGUCAAAAUCAAAAGUUACUGACCAGGUUACCUACAGAGUUACUGCAAGAAUACGGGGAGGAGUAUAUUACAGACACAGUAAAUCAGUUUCUGGAAUAUGGAAAAAACGCCUGCACAGACAUCAGCCCCGUAACAAACAGCAUUCUAGAUGCGGUUCUCUCGGAGAAUCCAAAAGUAAAAUAUUAUGUAGGAAAAGGGAUCUGGCUGCUCUAUCUAAUAUUCAUGUAUGUACCAGAAAACAUCACUAGCCAAAUUGUCAGAAGUCUGUUUUCUAAACGCAAGUGUGCUCCAAGGUCUCUUAGGAAACAAAUGAAAAACAGUGGACAGGAUUAACACGCUAGGGAUUUAUUUUAUAUUUUUUAAUCUCAAGCGCACUUAAGCAGUUGAGAACCAAAAAGGCUGGGCAUUACAGCAAAAAUUUACUAUUUGAGUUGUGAAUUCUUAUGGCACUAUUUAGAGCAUUGAUUACUUUGGUCCACCUUUUUUGAUCUGAGAAACAGACUUCGAUUCUUUCUCCUUUCUAAAGCACAAAAAUACUACGGUGGAGAUAUCUGAAAAGACAUGUCUUAACAUUUUAGUGUUAUCCAAAAAUUGGAAGCCAUAACUGCACAUUUCAAUCUGAAACU